GAGGCCUAUGCAAGAAUGCAUGACAUUGUGAAGAAAAAAAACUUGACAAUCUUUGGGGGAGGAAAUACAGUAAUUAAUGCAAUCAGUGUCAAAUGGGCUAAGGCAACGUUUUAAAGGUAAACAUAUUUUAAUAAAACGGCACAAUACAAAGUGGAACUUUCGUAGAAUCAACUUGUUGUUUAUCGGCCUCAUGGCGUUUUUUAUAAUAUCGGUAAUUGAGUGCGCCUGGAUUUGAAAAAAACCAACUGUGAAGUCAUAUGACAUAAUCCCCAUUUGAUCACGUGACCGCAGUAUACAAAACACUUCGUUGCUUUCCUUCUACAUGUGUUUACGACGUUCUUUAUACCUCAGUGGUGUAUGAAGGAGAUGGAAGUCAACAUGAACACAAUGCUGGCAGCAGGGCUUCUACUGCUUUUCGCUAUGCCCGGCGAACCUUACAGAAUCCCUCCGCACGAGGAAGUCGCCAGGAUGGCUAGAUUCGUCGCCAACCAGUGCAACUGGGCUUCCAUGGCCACAAUAUCGACCCAUGAGCCAGUGCAAGGACAACCCUUCUCCAAUGCAUUCUCUAUCAGUGACGGGCCAGUCGGGUCUGGGACUGGGGUGCCCUACAUGUUCCUCACCAGUAUGGAGAUCUCUGUUCAGGAUUUAAAGGUGGGUAGGACAAUAUUUCUGUCAAUUGUAACUUAGGAAAGGUAUACAAGGACGUAAAGUCGAUGACAGAUAAGGUUAUUAUUUGCAUUAUGUCGGCUACUGCAAGAAACAUACCUUGUUCCAUUUGUAGUUGACACUUCAUUUACAUUUAGAACCAUGACUGAAAGUUGUUGAAUUAUGCAACUCUCAUUGGUGCUAUCAUGAGUCAGCUGCUUUUGGGGAGUGACACAGCAAUUUUUUGUAAUGACGUCACACGUCACGCUUCAGUCUUAUGUUGACGUGGCAGUGAAUUGACAGCUUCAAGUCUGAACCAGCCAGCACCAUGUAUGCCGGUUUACCACACACACUUGGGGCUCAAUUCAAUCAGAUCCGCUUUAGCCUGACAUCCACAUAGUGGUUGUUUUGACAGUGUCAGAUGUUGAACUCCGUUAGAGCUGUCGAAUCCACAAGUGGCUCCUGGCAUUAUACCUAAAGCGGGCAAAACCAUAGGCUAAACUAUUGACCUUUUCUCUAAUAUAUAACCUACACAGGCCUAUAUGUGUGAUGCCAUUCAAAGGGAUGUGCUGAAGAGUAAGGAGAUGCUGACUGACUGUGUGUUUCAGGUGAACCCCCAGGCUUCCUUGUCCAUGUCCCUGGCCCAGACAGACUUCUGUAAGAACCAAGGAUACGACCCUCAGGAUCCCCUGUGUGCCCACAUCAUCUUCUCUGGCUCUGUGCUGGAGGUGAGGGUUAAUGACACACACAUACACACACUGACGCACGCACAAUCAGUCUCACUCACUCGCACACACACUACUCCACGUUACAGAGUUUAUCAUCAUGAAUCCUCACUGUUCUGUUUACCUGUAUGUCUCUGAUAGAUUAACGGUACAGAGGCCACCUUUGCCAAGAAAGCCCUGUUCAGCCGGCACCCUGAGAUGGUUGACUGGCCCACCGAUCACAACUGGUUCUUUGCCAAGAUGAACAUCACCAAGGUGUGGGUUCUGGACUACUUUGGAGGGGUGAAGACAGUCACCCCAGAAGACUACUUCAAGGCUACACCCUUCAAGGUUACACCCUACAACAGACACCACUGAGUGAGUAGCUAUUGAUGCUCUUCUCUUGCCUCUGAGGCUCUGUCCAGAAACAACCCCUAGCCUCUAACCCUGGAUCAGUGACUAGAGGUUUCACUGCCUGUUGCAAAUAAUCUGGGAUGCACUUUUGUGGAGUGCACCUCUGAAACAGAGUCUGAUUGGUCAGAUGUCAUGGAGUUUGAUCAGUGUGUCAUACAUACGGCUUAUUGUCAGGAAUGAAAGUAAGGAAUAGCACUAAGUGCACGUGACAAAAAUGUACUGAGUCACUGUUUUAGUUAACAGUGGCCUCAGAACAGCUGACCGUUGUCUUUCUGUCUUGUGAUUCUUUUAGGAGGACACCACAGUCAGUUUUUGAUGUGGAGGGAUCCUAAGUGUUUCAUAGUGGUCAAGAGGAUGGACCCAAUAUUCAGAACAAUGAAGACUCCCCCCCCCCAACUAAAUUAGCUCAAUAAUGGCCAUUUGCUGAAUUCCAAAUCAUUUAAUAUCUACUGGGGUGUCUGGGGGAAGGGGAUGGUUUGGAAUUCAGAGUUUGUCUCUCAUAUGCUUGCAAUUUAAAUGUAUGCCUAUAGGGAUGGAUCUGUGUGUGUAAUUGCAUGAGUGAGCAGGUUAUACCCUUUAGGAAACUCUCUUGUUGUGCAAUAUAAUUAUUUGAUUGGUUUUAAGAAGGACUGCCUUCGUUGUUAGGGAGCCCAUUUAGCUUUUGUAUUUAUAUAAGAAAUAAUUGAUGGCAUCACUC